UUCACCGGCAGGGGCGCGGCGCCCGCUUGCACCCGGCUGAACCCAGACGGUCCCUGCAGUGAGCGCAAAGACCCGCCCGGUGACACCCGCUCGGACGCCGACGCGCGCGCGACCCAAGCUGCAAAAAUGGUUGACGUCAGCCAGUUAAUGGAAAAUGAAGUAUUCAUGGCCUUUGCCUCCUACACAACAAUUGUUCUCUCAAAGAUGAUGUUUAUGAGCACUGCGACUGCAUUCUAUAGAAUCACAAGAAAGGUUUUUGUCAACCCAGAGGACUGUGCAAGCUUUGGCAAAGGAGAAAAUGCCAAGAAGUACAUUCGGACGGAUGACAGGGUGGAACGCGUACGAAGAGCCCACCUGAAUGACAUUGAAAAUAUCGUGCCAUUUCUUGGCAUUGGCCUCCUGUAUUCUCUGAGUGGUCCGGAUCUCUCGACAGCCCUCCUGCACUUCAGACUCUUUGUCGGAGCCCGCAUUUAUCACACCAUCGCGUAUUUACUGCCCCUUCCUCAGCCAAAUCGAGCUUUGGCAUUUUUUGUUGGCUAUGGGGUUACCAUUUCAAUGGCCUACAGAUUGCUGAAGACCAAAUUGUACUUGUAAAGAAAAUCAUCAACAGUUCAUGAGUUGUAAACAACUCAUCAACUGAUUUUCUUAGAAUUCUCUAUUUUCAAUAACAGAUAUUUUCUUAGACUGUAAAACAAGAAUUGGGGG